CAAAGCCAGUCUGGAAGCAGAAGUUGUUAUCCUGCACAUGAAAUAACAGACAUUCGCGUAAAGUAUAAUAGUAUUUCUUUGGGAUUUGCUUAAGACAGCUAUAAGAUGGAACCUGUUUUUGUUAUUUUAAUGACCAAUCUUAUGAAACUUCGGCCAGCCGACAUAUAUUAAACGUAGCCUUGGAUGUACAUAUACGUCUGUGUAUUUAGUAGACUCUAUAUACCAUCAGUACGUUUUGGGGCUAAUGUUUUAUCCUCUGUUUUUUUUUGCUCUGAAAAGACCCGCCCUGACCUUCAAUACGUAGCCUAUACGUUUUGGAUUCAUUAUUAUGUGGGACUCGAAAGCGGAACGGAAGGCAGUUUUUUUCUCUCCUGCGUUAAAUUGGUCCUUUCCUGUUCAUACGUCAUUGUGAAUGACGGUGCAUCAUUUGAAUGCAGUACGCACGUCAAAAUGAGGGACUGUUCUGCACGAAGCAAAUUUGUAAGAUCCUGGUUGAAGCAGGCAAGCAGGGCCAAAGUCAAAAUAUGUUUCGCUUUGUGUGCAGCUGUGGUGAUUUUUGUGAUUUUUUUUGGUCACUGCGCUAUACGCCUGCAGUGUGCAAGCCAGAGGUGACAGUGGCAAGGAAAAACUCCCUAGAAGGAAGAAACCUUGGGAGGAACCCAGACCCAAAGGAGGAGCUCAUCUUUCAGGGGCUGGCAGAGGAAGUCAAAUGAACAAAGUCUUGAUUUAUAUGCUCCGAUUUGUUAAGUCCAGGCAGCAGGGCAGGCAGGAGAGGCGUCGCAGGCAGGAAGAACGUCACAGGUUUUUUCAAGAACUCUAUGCCAUGGGGAAAUGCCCAUUAAACUACAAUGAGAAGUUAAAGUCUCAGAAUGAGUUGGACAGCUCACUGGAUCUCUGGUCCAGAGUAGAUGUUCAGACGUGCACAAAAUGGGGAGCACCUAUUAUGUGGGAGGGGACUUUUGAUCCAGGAGAUUUCGACCGACACCACAUACAGAAGCGCACCUCUGUGGCACUGACUGUAUUUGCUAUUGGAAGAUAUUUGGAAGUUUACCUCAAGGAAUUCCUUAAAUCUGCUGAGCAGUACUUCAUGGUGGAGUUACCAGUGACAUAUUACAUCUUCACGGACAUCCCAGAAUUUGUGCCUAAAGUUAAGCUUAUGAAGCAGCGGCACAUGAAGGUCAUUCAGGUCAAAAAUCAAAAACGCUGGCAGGACAUCUCCAUGCUGCGCAUGAAGACCAUUGCGGACUUCAUUGAGUCACACAUCCAGCACUGGCACCAGUACAUCUUCUGUUUUGAUGUGGACCAGGUCUUCGUGGGUCGCUUCGGCUCAGAAGCUCUCGGCGAAACAGUGGGCCUGCUGCAUGCAUUUUACUAUCGCAGUCAUGUGAAGGACUAUACCUAUGACCGCAACCCUGAAUCGGCAGCGUACAUGGUGACUGGGGACUUCUACUACCAUGCAGCCAUCUUUGGGGGAACGUGGCAAGGGGUGAAGAACAUAACAGAGUUCUGCCAUCAGGGCAUCAUGAAGGACAAAGAGAAAAACAUUGAGGCCUUGUGGCAUGACGAGAGUCACCUCAACAAGUACUUCUGGCUCCACAAGCCCAGCAAAGUGCUUUCCCCAGAGUACUGCUGGUCCACAAUCAUUGGGUUCCGCUUUGACAUCCGAGUUCAUCGUCUUCUUUGGGCAACAAAGUUCUACGACAUACUUAGAACUUAAGCAAAACCUUGAACUAAGGACAAGAGAGUAUAACUGAUAUUUGUAUUUUUUGCAUACUAAAGUUUUCAUGUAAUCCUGGUUUCAUAAUCUUACAGAUUGUACUUGGAUGGUGUCAUGGUACUGCUGUACCUGCCAACAGACAUGGCGUUCUGAUCCAAACUGCACUAAUGGCUGCAUCACCUUGACCUAAGAUAUGUUCUGUGUGAAACGCUGUGCUCAAAACUCACAUGUAUCAGUCUUUAAACCAUUUUCUAUAGGCCUUGUUUGCGGAUGCAAAUAAACAUGGAUGUAAUUUACACAAAAUAUACUUUGUUUACAUGAAGAGAAUCUCUCCAGUCUGGCACUAUAUUUAAUAACAGGAGAAAUUUAAUUUGUGCAUAGAGGUGCACAAAUUAAAUAUAUCAAUUUAAAUGAUGAAAAUGGAUGUCUGAUUUAUGUAUUGUGAAUGUAUGGUGUCCAGUAAAAUUAAGUAUUCAGGUUGCCAUGUUGUGGUAUGCUGUGGGACUCAUCUAAUUUAAAGUACCGUCUGAGACCCUACAAGGGUCAUGCUGCUAUUAAGGGGAUCGCUUGCAGUGCAGAGUCGGGCUGAUUGAGUGUUAACCUUUAGUUAACCAACGAGGAACAAUGGUGACAACGAUAGUGACACAUUGCAGUGCUUCUGAUCAUAUUUUGAACUCAAACUCACAAUUUGAAAGACACACAUACCAUCUAUGUAUUUUACUAAUUUUCUGCAGUUUUAUGUUUUGAUAAAUUACUGCUGAGUCCUUGCAAUGUAGUACAAACGCCAUACUUAAUCAUUGACGAAAGAUUAAAAAGCCUGAACAAACAA